AUGGGGGUCUCUACCUUCGUCGCCAUCAUGGCGUUUCUUCUCGCUCCGACGCUGGCCAUUCCACAACAAAGCAGCGUAGCAACUUCGAGCAAGACGGCCUGUACCACCGGGACUCGUAUCGUGACCGCCGGCUACACCAUCAACUUCGCUAAAGCGACGCCUACCGUCGACAGUUUUAACGGCAAGGCAUACCAGCCCGACCCAACGUGGGCGAGCAAGCACGUCAUGGGGACUGAUACCUACGGAGUCGGACUCCCCGUCGAAUCCGGCUUCGCCUAUGCCCAGUUCAAGUGCCAGUACAAGUGUAAUUCAUACCGGGGCUCCAGUUUCUUCGUGAAUUACGAGGGGCCUGCUAGCCGUAUCGGAUCGCAUUGCGCCUGCUACGAUGAUCUUCUGGAUCCAGACACGUUCGUUCAGGGGAACCAGACCGUUGUUGGUGCCUGGAAUUCGAUAUGCGAUUUCUGCUGGACCUGUCAGGAUGAAUAA